AUGAACCAACUUCAUCAAUUGCCAACCGAGGUUUUGGAUCACAUUAUAUUUUAUAUGGGAAACUCUGCAAAAGAUGUUAUUAGUUUUUCAUCCUGUUGUAAAGUUUUAAGAGAGGAACUACUUGAAUCAAAUCCAUUAGUACUAGCAUUAAAGGUUUCCUCCGAUAUUAGAAAAUUAGGAAAUAUAAAUUGUAGGAGAAUGAAGGCUUUAAAAAAGAAACAAUCUUUUCAAAAACCAAAAGAUCAAAACAUUUUAAAAGAAUACAAGAGGAAGUUUGAUGAAUUAAAUAGUGAGAAUGAUGAAUUAAAUAGUGAAAAUGAGGAAUUAGAAACAUGCUCAACUACACAAAUUACAAAAGCAUUCCGUUUGACUUCUACUUAUGGUAGAGAAAAUUUUAUACAAGAAAGUAGGGAAUAUGCAUUUGAAAAAUGGUUAACUGUUGAAAUUGAGACAAAAAUUGAUCAAUCAAAGAAAUCCUCUACACUCAAAACCAACGCCAUUAAGGAAACUGAUGGCAUUAAGAGGAUGUGGAGCCGAUUAAUGAAUGAAUACUUUUUAUUUCAGUGUGGAGAGGAAGUUUGUGAAAUAAUUUCCAAAUGUGUUUAUCAAAAAGUUGAAUAUACUUCUUGGAAUGUAAGAGAAGAGGUAGAUUCCUACCCUCGAUUUUAUGCAUAUGAUGGAGUAUUUAAUAUUGCUUCUAAUGUAUUCACAUUUUUUUCUUCAGAGAAUGAAAGUAAGUAA